ACACUAAGGCAUUUUUGAAUGUCCACCUUUGAAAAUCCAGUUAAUUAUUUACAAAAGUAAAACUUUGAGAGUUUUCACAGGUGGUGGAAACUUGAUGGAGACAGUAAUGAAGAUGAGAUUUAAAAGCUGUUUUUUCUUCCUAGUUAUGAUGUGUUCAGGCAAACUCUUUGCAGAAGAUAAACAUUGUGAUUUGCCACAUAUAGAAAAUGGAAGGAUUGCCCAGUACUACUAUAAUUUCAAAAGUUACUAUUUCCCUAUGCGUAAGGAAAAGAAACUUUCCUAUUCCUGUAUGGUUGGUUAUACAACUGAAACUGGGACUCAAGAUGGAAGAAUAACUUGUACUGCAAACGGCUGGUCUCCAGUGCCACGAUGCUACAGAAAAUGUAACAAGCCUCUUCUGGAAAAUGGCAUUUUUUACGGUACAGAAAUGUACUUCAAAAUACAUGAGAAACUGCAAUACAAAUGUAAUCCAGGCUACCACACUCCAAGCGGUGGAACUGAAGACACAGUACAAUGUCAGCCAGAAGGAUGGAGCUCCCAGCCAAGCUGUACUAAAAAGUUUGAGUCAUGUCAAGUACCAAAUUUACAUCAUGGCAACUACUUCACAGCCCAACAAGUGCUUCGGCUGAAUGAAACACUGCUAUACAAAUGUGACGAGGGAUAUCGUACUGCAGGAGGAAACACUACAGAAGAAGCAGUGUGUCUAACGCGUGGGUGGUCCCUUACUCCAAACUGCAGUAGAAUAACUUGCUCCUCUUUGAGUGCAGUAGCACAUGGAGGUUUCUAUCCUGUGAAGAAAAUCUAUGAAGAGGGAGAUGUAGUUCACUUUUUCUGUGAGGAAAAUUAUUCUGCCACUGAAUUUGAUCUAAUUCAAUGUUACUAUUUUGGAUGGCAUCCAGACCCUCCAGUGUGUGAAGAUGUAAGAAAUAAGUGUCCUCCACCACCACUUCCUCCUUAUGCCCAUAUCAUCACAGAUAGAAGAACAUAUCAUAAUGGAGACAAAGUUCGCAUACAGUGUCAAAGUACCUUUGAAGUAAGAGGAUCUGAGGAAAUCCAGUGUGAAAAAGGAAAAUGGACAUCACCCCCUAUUUGUAUUGGAACAGUUACAGGAACUAUGGAUAAAUGGGAAUCUGAGGCACCACCAUUACUUGAGGCAGAUGCAGCAAGAAGGGCAAGCAAAACAUAUCACAAUGAAGAUUUGAAAACACAGCAAGACUGUGCCUCUCCACCUGUGGUUAAAAAUGGUGUUGUUCUUGGUCCAUUAUUGACAAGUUACAAAAAUGGUUCCUCAGUAGAAUAUGGUUGUCAGCAUUACCAUUUUUUGGAUGGACCUCGUACUGUUUACUGCCAACAAGGAAACUGGACAGAACCACCAACUUGUUUCGAACCGUGUACUCUUAAUGUAACUGAUAUGAACAGCAACAACAUAGAGCUGAAAUGGAGACAAGAAGAAUUAAUUUUCCUUCAUGGUGAUCUCAUAGAGUUUGAAUGUAAACAGGGGUACAGUUUUCUCCAGACUACCAUUCUGUCUCCUGGGAGGACACAGUGUAACCAGGGCAGACUGCAAUAUCCAAAAUGUAUUAUGCAAGCUCCUACAGAAAAAUGUGACUCUCCACCUUCUAUUGCGAAUGGAGCUCUUACUCUCCCACCCCUGACCCAAUAUGACAAUGGUUCUUCUGUUCAGUAUAGUUGCUCUGAGUAUCAUUUUUUGCAAGGAUCUGAGAAAAUCUACUGUUCUGAAGGAGAGUGGACUUCACCACCAGUGUGUAUAGAGCCAUGUACAUUGUCAAAAAGUGAAAUGGAGAAAAAUAAUGUGCUGCUGCAAGGGUUCUAUGAGAAUCAAAUUUAUUUUUACCAUGGGGAUUAUGUUGGUUUUUACUGUAAACAGAACCAUUUUGGAGCAGAAUCUGGUACAACAUUAUUUCAAGUGCAGUGUAAGAGAGGACAGCUGUUGUAUCCAAGGUGUGUCGCAGGAGAAAAACAUUGCAAACACCCACCCAUCAUUGAUUUUGAAGAAAUUGCUAUUAGGGAUAAAUCAGAACAGGAAGAAAAUGGCAGCAUUCAGUCAAAUAACAAGAAUCUGUGCACAGCUUCUGCAAGAGCAGCCUGUGAAGACCCACCAAUUGUUGACUUUGGAGAAAUUGUUAGUGGGAAUAAAUCAGCAUAUAAGGAAAGUGACAGAGUGCAAUAUGCGUGCAACCCUGGAUACACUUUAUCAGGAUCAGAAUGGGUAACAUGCUAUAAAAAAAUCUGGGUACCUGGACCACCACAAUGUUUGGCACCGUGUAUCAUUACAAGACAGCAACUGGAAGCCCAAAACCUACUUCUCUCCAAUGGACAAAGACGAGCAUUUUUGAUUCAAAGUGGUCAGUGGGAGGAAUUUACAUGCAUGACAGGAUUUAAACUCACAGCUUCUCCUAUCAAGCAGUGUUUUGAUGGGCAUAUUGAGCUUCCUUCAUGUACUGCUGAUGUUACUUGUGGAGCUGCACCUGAAAUUCCCCAUGCGUACAUCACAAGCACCCAACAGGAGAGGUAUCUGCCCGGUGCCAGAGUGCACUUUGAAUGCAAAAGCAAUUUUCAGAUGAUGGGUGGAAAUUAUGUCAUGUGUACAAAUGGAGAAUGGUCACAAGCACCAACUUGCAGAGAUGUGACAUGUAAACCUCCCCCUGAAAUCGCUGGUGGUAAAGUUCAAGGUGUUAAAAAGUCGAGGUACUUGCCUGGGGAGAGUGCUCGCUAUCAGUGCUGGCGAGGUUUUGAGAUGACUGGGGCUUCCACCGUGGUGUGUCAGAACGGGACCUGGACAGAGCUGCCAACGUGCAGAGGGAAAGAUGGGAAAUGUGGCUCGCCUCCGGUUAUUGAAAAUGGAGACCUUCUGUCCUUCCCAAUGCAAGAAUACCCGGAGGGUGCAACUCUGGAAUACAAAUGCCCAAACCUCUAUGUCCUGGAAGGAUCUCAGUAUAUCACCUGCACUGAUGGGCAGUGGACAAGCCCCCCGGUUUGCCUAGUGGCCUGUACAGCAUCUGAAGAAGACAUGGGCAGAAACAAUAUUGAGCUGAAAUGGAUCACAGGAAGAAAGCUGUAUUCCAGAUCGGGUGACUUUAUUGAAUUUCGGUGUAAAAGAGGCUAUUUGGAGGACCCAGCCUCUUCCUCGUUCAGAGUAGAGUGUGUGGAGGGGACAUUAGAAUAUCCACAGUGCAAGCCAGCAAAGGACUGUACCCUGAGUGAGAGGUUGAUGGAAAUGAACCACAUUCAACUACAGUCAUCAAGCUGGUUGAGCCCCUCCACCUUCCACACUGGGGAUUAUAUUUUCUUUGAAUGCAAACGGUUACACCGGCAAGUUUCACGCCCUGAGAAAUUUAGAGCCGUGUGCCAGGAUGGAGUGAUUACGUAUCCUACAUGUGAAUACGCAGGGAUUUUCGGAUAAAUGGAAAUGGCAUGAAGGAGCCCAGCUCUGCCAGUGAAGGAUCUCUCACCGACCUCAUGAUUUGAGCUCAAUUUUUCCUGGCAAUUUCUGUUCCAUUGUGAUUUCUUUGCAGCUUAGGCAAUGUUCUGUCUUGGAAUUUGUUGUUGUUUUUAUUAUCGGAUGAUUGUGUUUACAUUUUAUCCACAUUUUAUCCUUUUUACGUAAAUGUGUUUACAUUUUGUCCAUCCAAAUGGUUGCGUUUGCGUUUUAUCGAGUCCGUACUGAUCUCACUGUUAGUUUUAUCAAUCAUCUUGUCCUGAAAUAGGCUGGGUUCGGUGGCAUACCAAGGCAAAAAUUAAAGCCUGCAGGUACUCUGAUCAUUAGCAAGUAAAAUGUGUUUGGCCUUAUCCUACCUCCUAGCUUGAACUCUAUGCACUUGCCUGAAAACUAACCUACGGUCAUGGCAGAGGUGAGUG